AUGGAUAAAAACAUUGGUGAGCAACUCAAUAAAGCUUAUGAAGCCUUCCGACAGGCAUGUAUGGAUAGAGAUUCUGCAAUUAAAGAACUACAGCAAAAGACUGAAAACUAUGAGCAGAGAAUACGUGAGCAACAGGAACAGCUGUCCCGUCAACAAACUAUUAUUGACAAGCUAAAAUCACAGUUACUUCUUGUGAAUUCCAGUGAAGAUAACAGUUAUUGCUGUAUGCCCCUGCUUGAAGACAGUGAAGCAAGGAAGAAUAAUUUGACCCUUAAACAGCCACUUGAUAAAGUAAAAUCAGGAAUACCAAAAGAAAAAGAAUCAAAGGAAAGAAGACAAGAGCUUUCUUCUACUAGAAAAGAAACUUCACCAAGGAGUUUUGACAUUCCUUUAUUCCAUGAAAGGAGUUAUAUAGAGAAGACUUUCUGGGAUCUGAAAGAAGAAUUUCAUAGAAUAUGCAUGCUAGCAAAAGCUCAAAAAGACCACUUAAGCAAACUUAAUGUCCCAGCCACUGCAGCUGAAACACAGUGCUCGGUGCCUAUACAGUGUACGGAUAAAGCAGAUAAACAAGAAGCGCUGUUUGAGCCUCAGGCUAACGAUGAUAUAAAUAGAAGUGCAUCCUGCAUCACAUCUGUCACACCAAGAGGACUGGGCCAAGAUGAAGAAGACACCUCCUUUGAAUCACUUUCUAAAUUCAAUGUCAAGUUUCCACCUAUGGACAGUGACUCUACUUUCUUGCAUAGCACUCCAGAAAGACCCAACAUCCUUGGUCCUGCCGCGUCUGAGGCUGUGUGCCAGGAUAAAUUCAAUAUCGAUAUCAGAGACAACCCAGGAAACUUUGCUAAAACAGAAGAAACUUUAUUUGAAAUUCAGAGAGUUGACCCCAUAGCUUCAGCUAUACAAGACCUUAAAACAACUGACAAUACAGAAUCCUCAAAUCUUGUAAACACUUGUAUCAGGACCAUUCUGGAUAGAGCUCCGUGUUUGCCACCUGGAGACCAUAAUACAUUGUACGUAAAUACAUUACCACUUGAGGACCUGUCUCAUACACCUUUUCCUUCACUUGAUUCCCCGGGAAAAGCUAUCCGAGGACCACAGCAGCCUGUUUGGAAACCCUUUCCUAAACAAGACAGUGAUUUAUCAUCGGUACUAAGUCGCACAGGCUCAGAACUGCAUAUACCUCCAGUAUGUGAAUUCUGUCACGAAGUUCUUCCGCCAUCCAUUACUUCCAUGGGGGAUUUCCUCCGGCAUCUUAAUUCACACUUUAAGGAGGAGACUUAA